AUGGCGUGUUUCCUUAACCUUCAACGAACACGCUCUCCCCAGGUGUUUUCUCCCUGCGCCCUGCUGGCAGCAGGAUCUGGCCCCCCUGACCCUGCUGAACCUUUCUUGUCACAGGGAGCCAACCGCCCCGAGGGGACCGAGCCUGGCAAGGCCAAGUCCGAGUACCGGAACUACACGGAGGGGAAGCUGCUGGACCGUGUGUACAACACCUACCUGUUGAUGCACACCCACCAGACUGUCGACUUUGUCCGGAAGAAGAAUGCCGAGUACAGGAACUGCUCCCUGCGCAAGAUGAGCAUCAUGGAGGCACUGGAGCUGCUGGACCAGCUGGUGGACGAGUCGGAUCCGGACGUGGACUUCCCCAACUCCUACCAUGCCUACCAAACUGCCGAGGGCAUCCGCCGGGCCCACCCCGACAAAGACUGGUUCCACCUCGUGGGGUUGCUGCAUGACCUGGGGAAGGUCCUGGCACUCUUUGGGGAGCCCCAGUGGGCUGUGGUAGGGGACACCUUCCCGGUGGGCUGCAAGGUGCAGAAGUCUGUGGUGUUCAGUGACUCCACCUUCCAUGAUAACCCCGACACAAGGCACCCCCUUUACAGCACCGAGUAUGGGAUGUACCAGCCUUGCUGCGGCCUGGAGAACAUCCUCAUGUCCUGGGGACACGAUGAGUACAUGUACAGAGUCAUGAAGUUCAACAACUUCACACUGCCCAAGGAGGCCUUCUACAUGGUCCGCUUCCACUCCUUCUACCCCUGGCAUACGCACGGGGACUACCAGCACCUCUGCACCGAGGAGGACCUCCGCAUGCUACCCUGGGUCAGGGAGCUCAACAAGUUCGACCUCUACACCAAGCAGGAGGAGCUGCCUGACGUGCAGCAACUCCAGGGCUACUACCAGUCCCUGAUCGACAAGUACUGCCCUGGGCAGCUCUGCUGGUGAGCAGGGACCCCCCAGCCUGCCCCCCUGGAACAUCCACCCUGCACUCCACACUUGGCUCCAGUCCCACAACACAGCCACCCUGCUAUGUGGGAC